CCAUGGUGCGGCCGUGAGCGGAGCAUGGGGCGGCGGCUCCUCCGGGCGCUCCUCUGCCUCCUCCUCCUGGCCGGCCGCGGGCAGCUGCGUGACGGCGCCGCCGCCGCCACCGCCGCACACGGCUGCCUGUUUGACCGAAGGCUGUGCUCCCCGCAGGAGGUGUGUGUGCAGGAUGGGCUGUUUGGGCAAUGCCAGGUGGGCUCCGUGCAGGACAGACCCUACUUUCAGGUCACAUCUCCUGUGCUCCAGCGUCUGCAGGAUGUCUUGCGGCAUCUCAUGGCACAAGGGCUCUCGUGGCAGGACGGCAUCACCCAGUAUGUGAUCUCUCAGGAGAUGGAGCGCAUCCCCCGCCUCCGCCUGCCGCCCUCGCUGGAGCCGGUGGCCAGGGACAGGUUCCUGCCUCUCCGCAGCGAGCCCCGGCGAGCCCCGCUGGCCCCAGACCCCGGCCUGCCAGCAGCUCAGCAUCUGGAGCAGCCCCCAGCACUGCUGCUUUCCCCUCUGGUGCAGCGGUACCUGGAGCACGUCCUGCUGCCCUCCCCACCCCAGCUGGCCUACGAGGAGGCUCUGCUCAAUCCCUACUCCUACCACAAGUUCGGCUAUCAGGAUGGUGCUCACCAGCAUCCCAGCGGCUCAGCCAGGCAGAGCUCUGAGACCUCCUCGCUGCUGGGCCGGGUCCCUGCCCAGACCCUUUUUGGGGCUGGCCCUGUGCCCUCCUAUGGCGGGCAGCCAGGAGUGGAUGGGGGGCAUCUUUUCCAGGACUUGGGCAUGCUUUCCCUGCCCAGAGAGAAAGCUGGCCGCCCGGACCCUGCCAGCACCAGGCUCCAGCACAGCUUGCGGCUCCCCAGUGACUACAGAAACGUAGAGGAGAGGGAGCAGCAAGCAGCCCUGGCUGCCCAGCCACCCUCUGCACAGACGGAUGCUGCCCUGAAGAGACUGGCUUCUCUCCUGGCCAGCUAUGGCCUGGGCCUGCCAGAACUGAGUCCCCAGCAGAUAAGCAGCCUAUCCACCCUCCUCCAGCUGCUCCAGAGCUCUGGUGUUGCUGGCCCUGAAGUGCCCUCAGUGAAACGGGUGGGUUUGCAGCAGGGUGAUGCUGGAGGAGGUGCCGUGGCACAGGUGAUGGAGGGAGACAUGCAGCAUGGAGAGGAGCCAGUGCCCCCUUCUUCCACAGUGCCACCCCCCAAAAUCCCAGCCAGCAGCUCCCCAGGGGAAGGAACGAAGGGCAGGGCAGCAUCCUCACCAGCUCCCCGGGCUGAGCCACAGCAGGGACACAGUGGGGAUGCACUCAGCCCCGGAAACAACAUUGUGGUGGAGAAGAAGAGCUACACAGAGAUGAAGGACAGUGGGGCACAACAGGGCAUGCGGCCGCUAGACGAGUAUGGCUACAUCAUCACAGACCAGAAGCCCCUGGGGCUGGCUGCUGGCGUGCAGCUGCUGGAGCUCCUAGCCAAGCACCUCCACCUCUCCACCGCCAGCUUCAUCAACAUCAGCGUUGUGGGUCCUGCACUUACCUUCCGCAUCCGACAGAACCCGCAGAACUUUUCCCUGGCAGAUGUGGCCAGCCAGACUGAGCGAGUGAAGGGAGAGCUGGAGCACGAGCUGGGCCUGAAGAUUGUGCAAACAGGAGUGGGAGAGCGGAAUGAGGCUGCUGCCUACUCGCGCCCGUCCCGCUUCGGGGAUGGCUUCCACUCGGUGCUGCUGACCUUCAUCACCCUGGCCUGCGUGGCAGUCCUUGCCAUCGUCGUGUCUGCGGCCCUCUGCCUCCGGCGCCACGCCAAGCAGCGGGAGAAGGAGCGCCUGGCUGCCCUGGGGCCAGAGGGUGCUGCUGACACCACCUUCGAGUACCAGGAGCUGUGCCGCCAGCACAUGGCUGCCAAGUCUCUCUUUGGCCGCGCCGAAGCACCGGCGGCACCGGCGGAGACUUCGAGGGUAAGCAGCGUCUCGUCCCAGUUCAGCGACGCGCCGCAGCCCAGCCCCAGCUCCCACAGCAGCACGCCCUCCUGGUGCGAGGAGCCCGUCCAGUCCAACAUGGACAUCUCCACAGGACACAUGAUCCUGGCAUAUAUGGAGGACCACCUCCGCAACCGGGACCGGCUGGCCAAGGAGUGGCAGGCACUCUGUGCCUACCAAGCUGAGCCCAGCAUCUGCUCCAUUGCCCAGAGUGAAGCCAACCUGAAGAAGAACCGCAACCCCGACUAUGUGCCCUAUGACCACGUGCGGAUCAAGCUGAAAGCCGAGAGCAACCCAUCCCGCAGUGACUUCAUCAAUGCCAGUCCAAUCAUUGAGCACGACCCACGGAUGCCAGCGUACAUCGCCACACAGGGGCCCCUGUCCCACACCAUUGCUGACUUCUGGCAGAUGGUGUGGGAACAUGGCUGCACUGUCAUUGUCAUGCUGAGCCCCCUGGCCGAGGACAGUGUCAAGCAGUGUGACCGCUACUGGCCAGAUGAAGGCUCCUCCCUUUACCACAUCUAUGAGGUGAACCUGGUGUCAGAGCACAUCUGGUGUGAGGAUUUCCUGGUGCGCAGCUUCUACCUGAAAAACGUGCAGUCGCAGGAGACCCGCACCCUGACGCAGUUCCACUUCCUCAGCUGGCCGGCGGAGGGCAUCCCCACCACCACCCGGCCCCUCCUCGACUUCCGCAGGAAGGUGAACAAGUGCUACCGGGGUCGCUCCUGCCCUAUUAUCGUGCACUGCAGUGACGGCGCAGGUAGGACUGGGACGUACAUCCUUGUCGACAUGGUCCUGAACCGAAUGGCCAAAGGGGUGAAGGAGAUAGACAUAGCUGCUACGUUGGAGCAUAUCCGAGAUCAGCGGCCCAGUAUGGUGCAGACCAAGGACCAGUUUGAGUUUGCACUGACGGCUGUGGCCGAGGAAGUGAACGCCAUCCUGAAGGCACUGCCGCAGUGAUGGCAAGGAGCCCUCCCUCCUCUCCUGUCUGCUCCCUGCCCUGCGCUUCGCACUCUCCUCACCGGCCUCUGGGGCUGCUCUCCCUGUAAAAUGGUGUCUGUGCUUCUGGCUCUGCUCCCCCUGCCUCCAGGCGCCCCUUCCCAUCUCCCCAAGGACACUGACCUCAGGCCCUCUGUGUGCAGGAACCCCAUCACACCCACUGUCACCUCACAGGGGACAGGGCUUGGUGGCCCUUAAGCCCUGUGGAGGGGGACACCAGGUGGUGCUGCUGGGAACUGGCAGAGGGACUCCCCAACCUGCCAGUUCUGUGUUAGCCCUCUUCCUGUACCCAUGUGAGGGGCAGAAGUGGGGGCAGGGGUCCUCCACAGUUGGGGGGAGCAUGGGGUGCAGGAGGACGUGGCCCAGCCCCACUCCAGGUCCCCUUUGUGUGCUCCCUGCCUAGUCACUCAAGCAGAAGAAAAAUUUCUAGAGAACUAUAAUUUUGUAUCUUGAUGUGAAUAAAGUUCUUGUGUCACGUUCGUGCAGCUGCA